AUGAAGUCCCUUUACUGUUCUUUACCAUUUCUUUUCGUUGUUGUUUGCUCAUUGUCAUGGGUGAAUGCUUCAGCUAAUAGCCAUGAGAAUUUUCUUGAUUGCCUUUCUUCAUAUCAUCCACAGGAAUCCUCUUCCAUUUCUAAAGUUGUUUACACUGAAACAAACUCUUCAUAUUCAGAAAUUUUGGAGUCUUCGAUUCAGAAUUACAGGUCCUUUACGACAAAUACCCCCAAACCAUUGGUUAUUGUAACACCAUUAAACAUUUCCCAUGUUCAAGCAACGAUUCAUUGCUCCAAGAAACAUGGUCUCCAAAUUAGAAUUCGAAGUGGUGGUCAUGAUUUCGAAGGUCUUUCCUAUGUCUCCCAAGUCCCGUUUAUCGUGAUCGAUUUGGUUCAUUUUCGAUCGAUUGAUGUUGAUGUCGAAAAUGAGGAAGCAUGGAUUCAAUCAGGUGCAAUCACCGGUGAGGUAUACUACAGAAUCAAUGAAAGAAGCACAAACCUUACCUUUCCAGGCGCUGUUGGCCACACUGUUGGAAUUGGUGGAUUCAUUAGUGGUGGAGGUUAUGGUUUGUUGUUCCGAAAAUACGGUCUCGCGGCGGAUAAUGUGAUCGAUGCGAUGUUCGUUGAUGCCAAUGGGAGAGUUCUUGAUAGAAAAUUAAUGGGUGAAGAUUUGUUUUGGGCUAUUCGAGGUGGUGGAGGGGGAAGCUUUGGGAUCGUUCUUUCAUGGAAAGUAAAGCUGGUUCAUGUUCCAUCAACCGUGACUGUUGCCGCUGUACGAAGGACCUUGGAACAAAAUGCAACACAGCUUCUUCAUCGUUGGCAAUACGUUGCACCCAAUCUUCCAAAUGAUGUAUACUCAGUGGUGUCGAUUUCAACAACGAACUCUACUGAAAAUGGGGAAAGGACUGUUGUAGCAACCUUUGUUUCAGUGUUUCAAGGUGGUGCUAAUGAGCUUAUUCCAUUGAUGCAAGAACGAUUCCCUGAGCUUGGUCUCGUUAGGGAAGAUUACAUCGAGAUGACUUGGAUUGAAUCUAUAUUGCUCUUGACUGGACUUACAAAUCAAACAAAGGAGGUUUUACUUGACAGGAGCUAUAAGAAUUUCUUUCUUUCUCCUUCAUUCAAAGGAAAAUCUGAUUACAUGAGGAAACCAAUGCCUGAAAUAGUAAUACAAGGACUAUUGUCACAACUUCUUGAGGACGAAGCAAGGAUUUCAACUCUAAACAUUAUAGCUUACGGUGGGAAAAUGGACGAAAUCCCAGAGACAGAAACACCAUUCCCGCAUCGAAAGGGCACAUUAUACAAGAUAAGCUACUAUGUCGGCUGGCAAGAAGAGGAUAACAGUAACCCUCAAAGGUAUAUAAGUUGGAUUCGAAAAGUUUAUAAGUAUAUGGGUCCAUUUGUAUCAAAAUAUCCACGAGAAGCAUAUCUCAAUUACAGAGAUCUUGAUAUAGGAAGGAAUAAUAAUGAGGGUAAGGCAAGUUAUAAACAAGCAAGUGUCUGGGGUCGUAAAUAUUUUAAGGAGAAUUUUGAUCGGUUGACUUAUGUUAAGGCUAAGAUCGAUCCGGAGAAUUUCUUCAGGCAUGAACAAAGCAUUCCUCCACGUUUUCAUUGAUAAGGAAAAGAAGAGUAUAGUAUGUGUUCAACUUAUAACCUGAUAUAUGUAAGUCGAUGUCACUCUUACACAAUUUCAUUAAUAGUAAUACAUUUUAUCUUAACAAUUCGUUUUCCUGUUUA